AUGGCUGAAAUACAGGGCACUUGCGAUCCCAGAAUCGAAGAACUUCGCACUCAUCUGAAACAACUCGUUGACUCUGGAGAAGAAGUCGGCGCCGCGAUCGCCGUCAACCUCGACGGCCAAGAUGUUGUGGAUAUUUGGGGUGGUUACGCCGACAAAGAGAACAAUCAACCCUGGAACAGGGACACCAUCGUCAACAUCUUCUCCACGACGAAGAACAUCCUGAGUCUCGCCAUUCUCAUCCUCAUCGACCGCAAAGUCUUCUCAAUAUACGACAAAGUCUCCAAACUGUGGCCAGAGUUCGCCACGAAUGGCAAAGAGAACAUCGAGAUCCGCCAUAUUCUCUCGCACACAUCUGGAGUCUCAGGCUGGGACGCCGACCGCCCCCUUUCAUUUGAGGAGAUCUCCAACUUGGGCGAGGCCAACGCCAAACUUGCCGCACAAGCGCCUUGGUGGACACCGGGCUCGGCUUCCGGCUACCAUACCUGGACUUUCGGCCAUCUUCUCGGCGAAAUUGUACGUCGUGCAACCGGGAAAACACUCCAGGAAUUUGUGAUGGAGGAGAUUGUGGCGCCUCUUGGGGCGGACUUCCAGUUCGGUGUUGUGGAGCGCGACCUACCACGAACAUCGGACGUCAUUCCGGCUCCUCUUCCCAAGCUUCCUCCCGGUGUUGGCCCCCAACCUGGCUCAAUAACCUUCAGAACAAUGAAUCCAAUGCCUUUCCCGUCAACCUUUGCCAAUGGCGCAUCUUGGCGUCAAGGCCAUGUUCUGUCAGCAAGUGGACACACCAAUGCUCGAGCUCUUGCGCGGAUUCUUUCAGCCAUCAGUCUUGGUGGGAGCGUCGACGGGAAGAAGUUUUUGUCGGAAGAUACGAUUGACAAAAUAUUCGAGGAGCAGUCGAAUGGAGUUGAUUUAGUCACCAACAUGCCUCUUCGUUUCGGUGUUGGGUACGGAAUCACUGGUGACGGCAACACAGCCAUAGCCGAGUGGCUGCCAAACGGACGUGUCUGCUUCUGGGGAGGAAUGGGCGGCUCUUUCGCUGUCAUGGACCUGGACAGAAAACUGACCAUUACAUAUGUCAUGAACAAGAUGUCAAUGACGGGACUAGGUAAUGACGCGUUCAAGGAAUAUGCGAAGAUCGUCUACAAGGCGCUGGAUCGGGCAUAA